CUCUCUCUCUCUCUCUUACAGAAAUCAACAUGUCCAACAAAUUCAUGGCUACGAUUGCAUGUGGCAGCGGCGAUGGAAGCAAGAGAGCUUCAAAGGGCCACUUCGUGGUUUAUGUUCGUGAUCGUGAUGAUGAUCAAGAGGUGAUGACGAGGUUUGUGGUUCCGAUAUCGUACUUGAAGGACCCAAUCUUCAAGCAAUUACUAGACAAGGCUGCAGAGGAGUAUGGCUUCCAUAGCGAGAAAGGGAUUGUUCUUCCUUGCUCUAAGGAUUACUUCCAACAGCAAUUAGAUUUUAUUGCCAACAGAUCGUAGUCAUCGUACUCACACAGAAGCAGAUCACAUAAUAGAAUACAAAAUACGUUGUAAUAGAUAAAUUGUUUCGAAAGUCAUUGAGAAAUAUACGUCGUCUUUGAUUUUGUGAUUAGUUUUUUGAGUUUUUAGAUAAUGGGAAUUUUUUUACCCUUUUUGUUUGCCUUUUCUUUUUCUGUUAAAUCCUUUUUAUUA